CAUCGCAUCCCAGCAGCCGCCGGUGACGCCGCUGGGCACGGCGCCCCGCCUCCGCGCUGGUGCGACGCGGGCUUCCAGCCCGAAGGCGCCCUUGCCGCACUGCCCGGCCCCUGCGCGGCGCAGGCGGUGCCAGAGUCGCCGCAGCUGCGCCUGGCGCGGCUGCAGCGCGCCCUUACAAUGGCGCUGGACGGGGUCGAUGCCUCUCCCGAAGGAGAAACAACGGCGCAGACGUGUGAACUGCGGGGCCAGGAACGUGUCCACUACAUCAUGUCUUCUCAAGGUAGUCCACUUCUUGGUGGCAGAUGGCGGCCCAAGCGCAGUUCAUAUGUUUGAAAGCACCUGUCGCCCAGAGGAGUUGCCCGACAGUGAUGCACCACACGUUGUCCUGUGGCUUUUUCUGUGUCCUCCCGCAGGCCCUCGGAGACUUCAGAUGCCCUCGGAGACUUCAGAUGGCUCGCACGUGUCGGGCCGGGCGAAAGGGGGG